GGCGAAAAGUUAUCAAACCGCAGCUUGUUCCAUUCGAAUGAACACACCAGUGAUUUCGGUGGUGCCCAAGGAAUUCAGUCGCAGAAACCACACAGCCAUCAGCCCUUCAGCCAGCAUGAAGUUCUUCGUAGCCACCGCCUGCAUCCUGCUCCUGGCAGCAGGCAUCUCCGCCGAUCCCGUCAAGGCCGCCACCGAGGAGCAGUCCGGCGUCUUCGCCAAGUGCCUCGAGGCCGACUCCAUCUCGUGUCUGCAGCUCACGCUCUUCCGCAAGGCCAAGUCUAUCUUCGAAAACCCCCAGAUCGAGCUCUUCGGCGGCGUUUCCCUGGUGAAGGCCAACGAAGGACGCCAGGGCAAGUCCUUGGACAACACUCUGGCCGUCGAGGCCGCUCCCACCGUUGAGGCCCGUACUGCCGAGAUGGGCAACUACUUCAUGGACAACGCCAAGAGCUUCUUCGCCGAGCGCUCCCUGAACUUCAACUUCGCCAAUGCCGCUCGCAGCGUGGCCCGCGCCAUUCCCGAUGACAUCAAGGCCGAUCUCCGUGAGCUGGUCGUCGAGAGCCGUACCCGCAAGAAGAAGCUGCUGAAGAAGUUCCUGCCCAUCCUUCUGGGAGUUGGUGCUAAGAUCGCCGUCCUGGGUGUUGGCUCCAUCUUCGGCCUGCUCUUCCUGGCCAAGAAGGCCCUCGUUGUGUCCGUGAUUGCCUUCUUCCUGGCUCUGGCUGCUGGUGCUUCCAGCGGACUGGGUCGUCUUGGUGGAGCCGGAGGUAGCGGCGGUCUGCUCGGCGGUCUGGGCGGUCUGUUCGGCGGCAAGAACUCCGGCUCGGCUGCUGCCAGCACCGGUGGAUGGUCCUCGGGCGGUGGCUCCUCCAGCGCCGGAUGGUCCUCGGCCGGCAGCUCCGGCUGGGACUCGCACGGUGCCUACAGCUCGCCGGUGGCCCAGACCAUCGCCUACCAGGGCUACAAGGCGGCCAGGCGGUAAACAGUUGGCCCAGAGCUAACUUACCCCAAGGACGAAGGCCAAGGAGAGAGAGAGAAACAAUCGCUAAAAAUGAUGACCUAUAUUUAUAUUUAUUUAUAAAUUAUUUAUUUUAAUUUAUUACUUGAACGAGAACGCGUACGAGACGAACUAAAGUGCCUUCCAUUAGACAAAAAACAAAAAAAAACUAAAACAAAACAAUCACAAAUAACGAACACACGCAAACACCACUCCACCUUUCAUCUCUGCAAACCGCCAAUAACCUCCACCCUGAAAAUUUCACCACUUUUCACGCUUCCUUCUCUCUACACUCUAUUCUGUAAUUUCAUGGCUGCACCUUUGAUUUAUGGACUCCAAAUGUUUGCAACUAGUCGCUUCCAUCAAUCAAAGCCAGUCGCCUCGCCCAUCGAACUGUAUCUAUCUCACAUCUCUUUCCAUCUACCUCUAUCUGUCUAUCUAUCUCUAUACCUACCUCUGUCUCUAUCUCUACCUCUACCUAUAUCUGUAUCUCAAUCUGUAUCUGUACCUUUAUCUAUCUGGGCCCUCCCACUUUACCGCCCGGGAGGACCCAACAAAAGCUGCUGAAUCAAAGAAUCAAAUAAUAAUUCAAACAUGAAUCUAAAAAUA